AUGGGACACCAUGCCACUCGUGCAAUUGAAGACAGCUCUACUGUUUUGCAGUUUGGUAACCCAGGCCCUAUUCAUGAUCUGAUUCAACGAGAUGCCUAUGUCACUUCAUACAAUCGUCGUGACCGUAUUCCUGACUGGGUCGGAGAGCAUUUGACUGCUGAUUCUAUCAUCAAGGGCUCUGGUGUUGACCGCGACAGAUCCAACUUCCAAGAGGACACUGCAAUUCCAUCUCUCUACCGCGCUCUCUUGAGUGACUACAAACUUAGCGGGUAUGACCGUGGACACAUGGCCCCGGCAGCAGACGGUGUGGCCACCCAAGAUGCUAUGGACCAGACCUUCUACCUGACCAACAUGUGCCCUCAGGUUGGAGCAGGUUUCAACCGUCAAUACUGGGCUUAUUUGGAAGCAUUUUGCCGUACCUUGACCGCAUCUUAUGCUGAUGUCUAUGUCUACACUGGUCCUCUAUUCUUGCCCCAACUCAACAACGGAACUUCGUCCGCUAGUGUAACUAAGCGCAAGGUCAAGCGUUCAGGUCCUGCUGCAUACACAAUGACUUACAGUGUUCUUGGUGAUGUUCCCAAUCUGUCUGUACCAACUCAUUUCUACAAGGUCUUGUUGAUCCCCACCUCUGACACAUACGCAUUGGCCGCAUUUGUCUUGCCAAACAAGGCCAUUGCCACCAGCACAGCUCUUACAAGCUUCCAGGUCAAACUGGAAGAUAUCGAAAAGGCCUCUGGAUUGAACUUCUUCGACAAAUUGGACCGUACCAAGUUUACUGAUUUGUGCAAAUCUACCACAUGCGCUGUUAAAGCCUAG